GCACCAAGGAUCCAGGACGCUUUAGGGUGGACAGAAGAGGUCCAGAGAGAAAGAGUGAGAGAAGGAUAAGGUUAGUUCUAUGAUAAGGAAGGAAGGAACAUCAGAUCCUUUCCUCCCCAAGUUCACCUUUAGAACCCUUUUCCAGGGGAUUAACGAGUCUGGAGAGAGAGAGAGAAACAAUAUGACAAGAAAAGGAACAUGAAAGAAAUCGUCAUUAAACGCACUUGAAGUUAUCUCUUCCUUCUCGCAUCUCUCUCUAAUUUAAUCUUAAACCCACUCCAAGUUCCCCCAAGGGACUUCUCUCUCUGUUUCAAGAGAGACAGAAUCAGAAGAGUCCAUUCCUCCUGAUUCCCACCCAAGUGGGAAUAAAAACAGGAUUCCACUCUUUCUUUCUGUUCCUCCUCUCAUCCCUCGUUCCCCUCCUCCUCUCCGUCAUGACGUUGCUGGCUUCUGAGAGGUCGCUUCUCAUCCGGAACAAAUUCCGCUCAGUCUUGCAGUUGAGGAUUCAGAACCGAAGGCAAAAUGAAAUCGACUCUGGGUUGAAAACUACCUGUUCCUCUCGCAAAGGAGAGAAAGACCAGAGUAAAGCUCUGCGUCUAACUGAUGAUGGCGCCACUCAGAAGUCGCCCCUGUGUGGUCUGAACAUUAAAACUGCACAAGACAGGAGUGUGUGUGGGGCCGGAAGGCAGAAGAAGGCUCGGCUGGCUAACAACCUUGGAGAGAAGGUCCAGCAUCGGCCCGGACCUCUGGACCUCCUGCACAAACACAUACUGCCUCCGGAGAACCGCCCCGUCUCCUUCCCUCUCUCCUCAGAUGUCUUCCAAGAUGACAUCUCUUCCUGCUCUUCCUCCUUGUCUCCCGAGCAACUCGGGGUCCUCCAAUCACCAGACUUCUCCUCGUCGCCGGGGUUCUCAGACGACCAAUCACUGAGUGACCUGUCGCCUGGGGUCUUGCCCCUUACCCACAGUCCCGCCCAUGUUCAGUCUAUCUUGGCGUUGCUCCCAGCAACCGAGGGCAUCAGCCAGCCAAUGAGCAUGACCGUGGGCGACUCCAACUCCAUGGCAACGACCGGGAGACCAAAGGGGAUGUAUCUGACCUCCCAUGCCACGCCCCUGCUGCCAAAGACAGCCCAGUCUCUCACACCUCCCUCCCUGACUUCCUCUCGCCCCCCCCGCCCGCGGAAACCCCGGGAUUCACAGCCCAAGAUGAGGAAACUGAAAUACCACCAGUACAUUCCCCCCGACCAGAGAUGCACGGCCGGGACUGCCGGGGGAGGGGCCAGUCAGAGGAGCCCCACCCCAGCCCAGCUCUUAGACCCCGCCUACUCCAGCCUCCUGCAGCAACAGCAGGUGUUCCUCCAGCUGCAGAUUCUCCAGAACCAACAACAACAGCAGAACCAGCAGCAACAGGACCAGCAGCAACAGCAGCAGCUCACCGUCACACCCAGCGGAGACACCAACCAAAUGGUGAGGUUCUCUGGAGCCAUGCCCCAGGACCCUCAGCCUGUAUCCAAGGCAACAAACCACACCUCUGUGGACACAAGUCCCUCCAACAAGUCUGAGCUCCUCCCACCUAACCUGGUCGACCUCACGGUGUCUGAGUUGCGACAGCAGCUGCGUAAGCGAGGUCUUCCUGUCUCCGGCACCAAGCCCGCCCUCCUCCAGAGGCUCCGCCCCUUCCAGCUGCCCCACCUGUGUUUGACCCCUGUGCCCCUCUGCCAGCUGGGUACCAGCCUGGAACCCCUUACCCCCACCUCCUUGCUCACCCCCAGCCACUACCCCAGCUCCAGCCCCAGCUCUGGAACUGACUCCCCCACCAAUAGCCCUAACCAUCAGGUCUACAUCCAGUCCACUGGAAUUCUGAGCGGGGUUCCAAACGGAAUUGUUAAUGGCAUUCCGAAUGAUAAUACUAAUGGAAUUCCCAAUGGAAUAGGGGUCAGUGUGGUGGGGGAGCAGUGUGGCUUCCUGGCCCCUGCGUUAACCCCAUCGUCAACACCCCACCCCGGUCUCCCCCCAUGCUCCUCUUCGCCACUGUCAACUGGCGCCUCCUGGCGGUCGGAACAGGAGCAGCAGGAGCUGAGCCUGGAGCUGGAGAUGAGGGAGAGGAUGAGGAGCAGGCCCAGGGAGAGGCUAUCUCCUCCUCUGUCUCUAUCCUGUGGGGGUUCCCUCCAUCCCUUCCUGCAACAGGAUCCAGGAUGGCCCAGAGGGACACCAGAGAGGGAAGGACAGACAGAGAUCCUGUUCACACAGGUGUUCUGCUGCCAGCCGUGGGACGUGAUUGGCCAGGACUUUGAGCUGCCCAUGCAGAUCACAGCCAGUCCCAUUCAAGUCCCACCCAGCGUCCGCAGUCUGGAGGAGGAGCUGCAGGAGGCCAUUAACAGAGUACUGAUGGACCCCAGUCAGUCAAUAGAGGACAUUCUGGAGGAACCUACCAUCUGUGUGGACUCCCACUCCUCUGUCUCAGGCCUCCAAUCCCCUGUCACUAUCCUCCCUGGCCCCUCCCCUCCUCCCCAAACAGACCAAUCCCAGCCGUUCCGUUGUCAUUCAAAGGAUGACAACUUCCUGUCCUCUCCUCUCUGCUCCUCCCUCCUACUGGAGCACCCGCCGUCGCCUUUGACGAUGGUUCCCCGCCAAGCCGCCCCACCCCCUCUCCCUCCCUCCAUCUGUACUUCUCCCCUGCCUCCCACUGUGACCUCACGGAAGAGGCGGGCUCAGGCAACCUUUGACCCUGCUGAUUGGUUGGAGUCGCUAGCCUCUGGACUCCGCCCUCUCAGUCCUCCAUCUGCCCCAUUCGUUGAGACCGACUUUGGCCUCAAUUCGGAUCUGAACGUCAACCGAGCGUUGGAUCUCAUGGUGGAGCAGUGGUGAAGGUCUUAGGUGGACUGAGUGUCUGUGUGUUUGUUUGUAUGUGUGUGUGUGUGUGUGUGUGUGUGUGUGUGUGUGUGUGUGUGUGUGUGUGUGUGUGUGUGUGUGUGUUAGUCGGACUUCAACAUACACCUCCCAAACAAUGGGAACAGCUUUGUGAAUGUCCAUCCAUCCAUCAAUCCAUCUGUCUAUCCAUCCAUCCCCUCUGUCCACUUUGUGAGUGAGUAGUCUGUUUGAGAGAGGUGACUGCAGGUCUGUACCCCACGCAAUGUCGAGAGACAGAUGCUACUGCAUUGGAAGAGAUGAAAAAGACUGCUUUGCAUUGGUGGAACAAUAACUGGCAGAGGGAAUCACACACACACAUACACACACACACACACACACACACACACACACACACACACACACACACACACACACACACACACACACACACACACACACACACACACACACACACACACACACACACACACACACACACACACACACACAAACCUUAGGUCCUGUUAAAUAAAUGUUUUUCAAAUACAACAAAUGAACAAUGCAUAUUUGGAGUCACACACAAUCCAACACAUUGUUUACAGUGGGAAGCAAAGAAACCCAGUUGAACAGGGCCCCUACUGUUCCCCCAGCCACAGUCACUGAGUCCUAGUCAUUCAUAAAGGCCAUUAAAGCCCGACUGGGCAGACAGACAGGGAACACAGCUUGUCCAUGUCUCCAGACCUUUCCUCUAGUGCCAGACACACAGUCGGCAUGUGGAGAGAGAGAGCUGGCAGACACCACACAACCCUUACAGGGAAGUGUAUGUGUGUCUCUGUGUGUAUGUGUGUGUGUGUGUGUGUUUGUGCACGCCUGGCUGCUUCUGUUUGUGUCGGUGUGUGUGUGUGUGUGUUAAUACACACACACACACACACACACACACACACACACACACACACACACACACACACACACACACACACACCCUCAUUGUAUAUUUAUCUGAAUUGUUGCAACUAUACUUGUAGCUCCUUGUUUGUGUAGACUAAGUGUGGAAUGUCUCUGAGUAUUGAUUUUGUACGGUUGAUCUGUGUGAGAGAGAGAGAGAGAGAGAGAGAGAGAGAGAGAGAGAGAGAGAGAGAGAGAGAGAGGGAGAGAAAGAUAGAGAGAGAGAAUAGAGACUGCUUCCACAUUUUGUGCCUAUUUUAAUUGUGGUCUCAACACUAGUCUGUUGCUGCAAUAUAUAACACUGUGAGGGGGUCACUAAAACCUAAUGAACCAUGUUCAAUUCAUUGCUUGUCUUUUUUUCUCUAAGAGAAAAAAACUGGUAAACAUCCUAUUAAGCCAAGAGAUAAAUAGCAAUCACUCUGAGAGGCUUCAGCGCCUGCUACACGACCAUAUUACCAGAGUGUAUGUUCUCAUCAGUGUAUGAGAACAUGUGGUCACUGGUUUAUGAGGACCUCCCACAGUGUUUGGAGGAAACAGCUUGGUGCUCUACACACUGUAAGGGACACAGACACUGUUUACACCUGUUGUUAUGGAGAUAAAAAGGUCAAAUAAAGGUUAUGCGCAGGAUAACAAUGUCAAUUCAUUUCAUGAAACAAUUUCAUGAUUAUAGCUUAGAUUUUUUUCGGUGCUUUAUCCCAUACUGUAAAAACAGGUAGAAUUUGGAAAUAAAUCUGUCCCAAAGAGAGGCUGUUCUGAUUGCAGGAAGUGACACAGGUGUUCCCUGAGACCACAAUCUCUCUCUUGGCCAGUUCCAAAUGGACCCCUAGCCCCUACCCCCUAGGCACUUGAGGAGGAUAGAACUGGAUAGAUAUAGCUCCACCAUUCCCCCGAUAGGCUAUGUGGAACUUUCCCCAUAUCACUCACAGCUAUCCAGCCUACAAGAAGUUGUGCCCUGGUACGAGGGGCUAGAGGCUAGGGGUUCGUAUGGGAUUGGCCAUAUUCAUUUUAAAUGACCACCAGGGGUGUCCCAUCAGUAAAGAGCUGAGGAGGUGAAUACUGUACUUCUCCCUAACAUGGAUCAUGAUGAAGUUGUCUGUGUUUCCGUGCUAUCAGUGAUUGACAAGGCAGUCCAAGGGCUUUUUCUCAGGGUCAGAACGUUCAGUAUUUACAGAGCAGAUAUUAUUCUCUAUUCCACAUGAUGUUCUACCAGAUCCAAUGGUUCUAAGGUCAUGACAGACUUAAUUCAGCUGUUGUGAUUCCGAUUAGUUGUAUGGCCUGUCAAUUAGUGAAGUAUGCGAGCACUGAUCAUGGCCUGGUCUGAUAUCAACCCACAGCCUCUGUUAGCAGUAUGGCAACGGCUCCACCUAGUCUUCCAAUAGGCUUAGGGGAACUUCUGCCAUAUUUCUUCUGCCUAUCUGGUUCAUGUAGAUUAGGAAACCAAAGGGGUGUAGGGGCUAGGGGUUGUUUUUGGACCAGGCCGGUGUUAUGUUCAUUGGGAGAAUACAACACAUAGUGUGCUUUCCUAACCUCCUAGCUGACUCGACACCCUUCUUAAAGACCAUUGUGUGAACAACAAACUGUGAUCUUACUAAUGUUCCCCAGAGACAUAUUUAUUUAUAUCCAUAUGGCUCUGAUGUUCCCCACCCAGUCUCUGAAUAAUAACCACUGCGCUAAGUGCAAUAUGGUGUAUGUGAAGGGCACAGCAAUUGGGAAAUACCAGGCCCCCAUAUCUCUGUCUUGUCGUUACUCUAAACAAAUUGGUGUAAUGGGUCCUCACUCAAAAAGAUGUUGCUUAGUUCAUUUUACGGUUUUCACUGCAUCAGGGAUAGCAUACAUAGAUGUUUCAGCUUCACAGCCUUUCUUCAGUGUGUAGGUACAAAUGUAUUUGAAUUCAAAACAGCAUUUGUAGGUAACAACAGAUUAGCAGCAGGUGCUUCUAAGCAGAGUUACCAAUCAUCUGCCAAGCUUUCAUGUUGAAGCAUUUCACGAGCAGCUUUCAUCGUAGAACUGUAGAAAACCAUGUUGAAUGGUGACAAUGGGACAGACUGACGACCGUGAUAAUCACUGUGGUCAAAGACGUUCUCUGUCUGCUGCACUUAGGAUGACGAGAGAGAGAAACGCGGGAGAGUAACAUGCUACCUCUUGUGGAUGGUGAUGCUUUAGGCCUACUGUACUCUGUCUGGUCCUGGACAACCACUGUGUAUGCUGGUUUUCAUCUGAACCAGUCUCUUCCCCUAAAUCUGUGCUGAUAUCACCUGACUUAUGUUAGGAGUGUAUCACUUUCAGAGUCAGUGGAGAGGUUGGUGGGGAGAACUGUCUAUGCUAGGUUAUUCCAGGGAAAGCAACAGGAGACUAGGUGAAGCUAUGCUGCAAAUGCCUGAUCCUUCCGUCUGUCUGUCUGUCUGUCUGUCUGUCUGUCUGUCUGUCUGUCUGUCUGUCUGUCUGUCUGUCUGUCUGUCUGUCUGUCUGUCUGUCUGUCUGUCUGUCUGUCUGUCUGUCUGUCUGUCUGUCUGUCUGUCUGUCUGUCUGUCUGUCUGUCUGUCUGUCUGUCUGUCUGUCUGUGUUGUGAAGGUAUUUCUUUCCCCCUUUAGGCUUUCUGUAGCCUGAAUGAGACAAAGAGGGAUUAGACUGAGAUGUUGUCAUAAUCGAGAUCAGAAAGUAUCGGAGCCAACUGUUGCCAUUGUUUCGGUCAGCUCCAUCCAUUGGGAGUUCAACUUGGCUUCCACCGCCGAUAUACUUCCUGGAUAAUCUUCAGAUUGAUAACAUCACUGUCUAAUCUUUCUUCAUCUCAUUCUAGUACUGUAACCAGAAAGUGUCGGGUUGACCCAAUGGUAAAAAUACAAUCAGUAUUUCAUUUGAUUUAUUUAUUAUGUAACUUAUUCAGGCAAAAUGUUAUCAAUGCGUGUUGAAAUUGUAUUGUAAAAAAACAUUAAGAAAUUAAAAGUCUUAAUAGAUUUCCCAUC